AUUCCAGUCUAUAUUUAUUUUUAAAAAGUGUGUUUUUAUCAUGUAUUUAGUUAAACAAGUGUAAUGUUAGGGUAGCUGCGCGCUCACGUUUGCAUCAGGACGAGUUCGGCGGGGCGACGAGUGUUCAUGGCUGCUCGGGCGUUGUGCAAAAAGAUAGAAGCGACUGGCAGGAGCAGAGUGCUACUGUAGCUUGAGUCGUACAUAGGUGAAGAUGCUGUAGUAGAAAAUAUAUAUCUCAGCAGAAAUCUGACUUAAAAUGCGAACAUUCUUAUUUCAUGGAGCACAUUUAAAAAAAAAAAAAAAAAAAUCGUGUUUUAACUACCACAAAAGAAAAAAACAGGGCGCUGGCUCAAAAUGGAUGGACGGUUACCCGUAUAUCCUCACUGAUCUUUUGAUUACCAUGUCGGAAACAGUGAAGUAUGUUGACGACGAACACAAAACAGUCUUUCUGAAGAUAUUAAACGAGCAGAGGUUGGAAGGUGAAUACUGUGACAUUGCCGUCGUUGUGGAAGACGUGAAAUUUAGGGCACACCGCUGUGUUUUGGCAGCUUGCAGCAAUUAUUUCAAGAAAUUAUUUAAAAAACACGAAGUUGACAACUCAUCUGUGAUUGAGAUUGAUUUCUUGCGUUCUGAUAUCUUUGAGGAGGUACUAAACUACAUGUAUACUGCCAAAAUUUCUGUGAAGAAAGAUGAUGUAAAUCUUAUGAUGUCUUCUGGCCAGAUCCUUGGCAUUCGUUUUCUGGAUAAGCUUUGCACUCAGAAAAGGGAUUUGUCUGCCCCUGGAGAGAACGGUGACCACAGGAAGGCCAAAUUUGCUUAUGAUGUUGUUGAGAAAAUCUCUAUUCCAAAUACAGACUCACACGAUAACCAUGACAAUGAUGUAGAGGUACUUGGAGAUGAGAGUCCAUCGGAUGAUGUUGUAGAAGAGACCCAACCAAACCAAGAAGUUGACAAGUCACCCCAUAACACCCUUAGAGUCCAAGAAGCAAUUCUAAAAGAACUUAGUAGUGAAGAUGUUCAUAAAGUGAGCUGCUAUAGCCAAGAGGUGGAAUCCAUGGAGACGGAACCUAAAGACUUGGGUUCUCAGACACCCCAGACUCUAACGUUCGCAGACAGCAUAAGUGAGGUCAAAGAUGAGCAGCCACCAGGGUGGACAACAACCGCUGGAGACAUGAAGUUUGAGUAUCUGUUAUAUGGGCACAGGGAACAGCUUGCUUGCCAGGUCUGUGGCAAGGCCUUCAUUGAUGAAAACCGACUGAGAAAACACGAGAAGCUGCAUUCUGCAGAGCGGCCGUUUAUUUGUGAAAUGUGCAACAAAGCCUUCACCACUCACGCUCACCUAAAAGAACACCUGAAAAUACAUACAGGCUACAAGCCCUACCGAUGUGAUGUGUGUGGAAAGUCCUUUAUCCGUGCGCCAGACCUUAAGAAGCACGAAAGAGUCCACAGCAAUGAACGUCCCUUUGGAUGCCAAAUGUGUGACAAAGCAUUCAAGCAUAAAUCCCACCUGAAAGACCAUGAAAGACGGCACAGGGGAGAAAAGCCCUUUGUUUGUGGCUCCUGCAGUAAGGCGUUUGCCAAAGCAUCAGAUCUAAAAAGGCAUGAGAACAACAUGCACAGUGAACGCAAGCAGGUUCCUGCCAGCGCUAUUCAGAGCGAGACAGAGCAGUUGCAAGCAGCAGCCAUGGCGGCUGAGGCAGAACAACAACUGGAAACUCUAGCAUGCUCGUGAAACUGGAAGCACAGUGAUGCGCUUCCAUCCACUAAUGGUCAGCUGUGCUUAUGUUUUGAAAGUACACAGGAAUUAUAGUUUUUUUUUUUUUUUUUUUUUUUAAUGAAAUUGCAUUUUAGACAAACUAGGUUUAAAAAUUAUGGCAAUGUAGAAAUUCAUUGUUGAAACAACUAAAAUGUUUUUUUUUUUUCUUCUAAACAAACUUUUACUUCACUUGCAUCUGUUUAAAUGCAUAAUGAACAGUGGUAUUGUUAGUUAUUCUAUGUCAUCAUUGUGGGUGUGGUUUAAAACAAUGGCACCUUUUCUUAUGUUUAAAUCAGUGUAAAAAUCAAACGUUCUUUUUAUUAUUAAUAAAAAAAGAAUAUACCAAAGCUUUAUAAUGACUUGUACCACUAGGCAGUUUAAUUUAGGAUGACUGUAUUGCCUUACUUUGGUUUACCAUGUAUGUACUGUUAUACAGUACCAGUUUUGUAAUUAAACAAUAAGUACAUUAAAGGGUACAUAAGGACAUUUUAUUGUAUUAUGUUACAUGUUCCCA